UAGUUCAGGUUUUCGCUUCCAUAUUCUCGAGAAAUUGCUCACAUUGGCUUAUCAAAUUCAGCUAUAUAAUCCUAACUCCAACCACAUCAAAAUACCCAAGAAUAGUUAGCAACUUUCAAUUGAACCCUAAGUCAUGGGUUCUAAGGUUGCAACCAUGUUCUUCAUCUUGAUGAUUUUCAUGGCGAUGUCAUUGCCACCCAUUUAUGCUUGUGGUCCAUGUACUCAGCCACAUCCACCGACGCGCCGCCCAACCCACCCAAAAGUUCCCUACCCGAAACCACCAGCCACCAAGCACCCACCAAACAGUGGAGGCCAUCCACCUUCAAAAAACCCCCCAAUGCCACCGAUAGUACUACCACCAAUAAUCAUUAAUCCUCCCCCAGUAAUAUCUCCUCCCGUAACAAAUCCUCCUGUAAUUAUAACACCCCCGAUAACACCGCCACCUUCUUCGAGCUACCCACCGUACACUGGCGGCCCUCCUGGUGGCGGGGGUGGUGGUGGAGGAGGAGGUGGUAGUAGUAAUCCUCCACCUACUACUCAACCAACUUGUCCAAUCAAUGCACUUAAGCUAGGAGCUUGUGUGGAUGUGCUAGGAGGUUUGGUGCAUGUUGGGUUGGGGAACCCAGUUGAAAAUGUUUGCUGCCCCGUAAUUAAAGGAUUGCUGGAGCUUGAAGCAGCAGUUUGUCUUUGCACUACUUUAAGGCUUAAGCUCCUUAACCUCAAUAUUUUCAUUCCUCUUGCUCUUCAAGUCCUAAUAACUUGUGGAAAGACUCCACCUCCUGGAUUUGUAUGCCCUCCUCUUUGAAAUGAACUUAAUUAAUAAUUAGGAGAGUUUGGAUUAUGAUGUUAAUUAAUUAAACUUUACCUAGUUUGUUUUCGUGUUAGGGUUUUGUGAGUGCUGUGACUUGAUUUCUUGCGUAGAGCUUAACCGUUAAUGAACGUCGAUUAUGGUGGUAUGUGACUGGGAGUUUCUCUGAUUAAGUUACAUUUUCGUUGUUGUUUA